AUGAAUUCACAAUUACCGUGUCCUUUACAAUUUCCAAAAUAAGAUUCAAAACGAUUUGGCUAACCUCAAAAAUCGGAGAUCAAUUUAAAAUUGGAUAAAAUAAAUCAAGAAUAAGAAUAGGAGGACUAAAAGAAGGAAUAGAUUCUAUUGGAAAUAAUAGUUAAAUUUUAAAGAUUGAUUGAUCAAUUUAAUUAGAACAAGAAAUAAAAUAUGUCUGUGGUUUUAUUAGUAGGAGUAACAGGAUCUGGAAAAAGUAUUAUUUUCAACUUCUAAAGCGGAGCAGAUUUCAUAUUUAAUCAGAGUAAUCAAUUGGAAAUAAAGAAUCACUCAAAUAAUUUUAGUAAAAUGGGUGCUGGAAUGAACUCGAUCACAAAAGAACCUAAUUUCUAUCACAAUUAAAAAAAUAAUCAUUUAAUUAUAGAUUUUCCUGGAUUCUAAGACACAAAGGGAGAAUAAGAUCAAUUAUUAUUUGAACUUUUAUUUCAUAAAAUUGUUACUUCAGGCCCAAUGAAAAUUAUAUAUGUAAUAAAAAAUCUUGAAGGCAAUCUUUCAAAUAGAGGAUCAGAUCUUUAAGAAUUUAUUAAUCAACUAAGCAAAAAAGGGAAUUUUAAUAUAGAAAAAUUCAAUUUAUUAUUAAAUUGUUAUAGGGAAGAGUUAUCUGAUGAAAAAUUGAAAAUCAAAAUAUAAGAAGAUUUAAAAUCUGUUAAUUUAUUAUAAUCAAUUGAUAAAAUACUUAUAUUAAGAAAAGCUAAAAAAGAUCAUGAAUUACAACAAAUAUUCAAUGAAUAUUAACGAUAAAUUUUUUGGAAAAAUAUUGAAUAAAUGUAAUCUAUGAAAAUUCAACCUUAGAAACUACCUAAAAGCUAAAUUAUAAGUGAUUACUUAAGAAAUAGAAUAUUAAAAACAAUUGAAAAAUAUUGUGUUGCAUUAUCUUAAUUUUUUGAUAACACCCUUAAAAUUUUAUCUAAAUAAUAAGUAGAGGCAAUAAUGAAAUAAAUGGGAAAAUUAUUAGAUUUAGUCAAUAAAAUAGAUAAGGAAUCAUCUUUUGAAUGGUAUACCAAUUAUAUUUAAACUUGUGAAUAAUUGGCCAAAGUUCUUUCAAUCUAACAUGAUAUAAUAACGCGUAGCAAUAAUUUCAUAAAGAUAUAUAAAUAUUAUUCCUAAUUUUGUAAUCUUAUCUAGGGAUAUGAGGACCUAAAAAUUUUAUAGAUAAUCGCUAAAGAUUAACUAAAGAAUAUGAAUAAUUAUAUAAGCAUGAAUUUAGAACUUUUAAAAACAAAACAAAAUUUUGAUUCUAGAAUUACUUAACUUGAAGAAGAUAAAUAACAGCUUAAAUCUAAAAUGAGUGAAUAGGAUAUAAAGAUUAAAAAUUAUUAAUUUUAAAUUAAUCACCUUGAAGCUUCAAACUCCUAAGUUAAAGAUCUUUAUAUUUAAUUAGAGAAAGAAAAAAAAAUAAAGAGUUCUUUAAAUGAUUAAAUAAUAGAAUUUUAAAAUACAAUCAAUUCUAUGAACGAAAAUUUUUAAGAGACAAUCAAUAAAUUGAGUAAUUAAAUCAGAUUCUUAUAAAAUAGAGAACCUGAAGUCAUAACGAAGUGGAUUUGUUAGAUAUUUUGA